CUACGCAUUAGCGGAGCAGCCCGUGUUGAGUCAUAUUCCAGUGUCGAACCCAUUCGUACAUAUGCGCCGCAUCUUCUGCCACAGAAGUAUUUCAUUGUGAAGUUGUUCAGCUAUGGAGCAGCAGACGUCCACCAACGUAAGGUGGCUGCCGGAGAAAUUACAUAAGUGUAGAAUCGUGAUUUAUCUGUAACGACGAUCAGAAAAGCCGUACGGAUUGGUGAGCUGAGUUGCCGUGUGCCAUUUGCUAAAGAUUGUUCGUUAUCGGUGCGUGCAUGGAAACAUUUGUCCAGUGAUAAUGGGAACUGCUGCCGAUAGAGGUUGUUAGACAAUCCAACGUUGAAGCCGCCGAAAUACAAGUGUGUAGGCGUUUGACUUCCUACACUGCAGUGUAUGUUUUGCAAUUGCAUUUCAAUUUGCCACAAUAGGAAUACACCGUAAUUGCUAGUCGGAUCGAAUGUGUAAUCCACGCUAAUGAACCGAACCAUCCGGAACUGAUCACCCCAUCAAGUCAGCACAUAAGGAAUCAUUUCACAAACACAGACACCAACUGCCAUAAAAGCGGACCCCAGGCUGUAGUACUGCGACUACAUUCCUCCAUCUGGCCUGUUUUCUGAUCGAGCGAACAUCCUCAAGAUGGAUCGGUUAGGAGUACUGUCCGCUUUCGUUCAACCGAACAAACAAUCUAGUCAAUUUCGCAACCCAUUCGGUGGUCGACCAUGGAUGGAACAGCACGGUGCCGCUGCCGCUGCGCCCGGCGCCAAAGGGCUAAAGGGCAUCGUGGCCGGUGGCAUAACGGGUGGUAUCGAAAUUUGCAUCACCUUCCCGACCGAGUACGUGAAAACGCAGCUACAGCUGGACGAGAAGGGUGCAACCAAGCAAUACAACGGUAUUAUGGACUGUGUGAAGAAGACGGUAAAGACGAACGGUGUGCUUGGGCUGUACCGUGGCCUGAGCGUGCUGUUGUACGGUUCCAUCCCGAAGUCAGCUGUCCGUUUUGGCGCAUUCGAAAGUCUGAAAGGACGACUGAUGGAACCAAAUGGACAGUUGAGUACGUCCGGUAAGUUGCUGGCAGGUUUGGGUGCGGGUGUUGCAGAAGCCAUCCUUGCCGUAACGCCGAUGGAGACGGUCAAGGUGAAGUUCAUCAACGAUCAGCGUAGUGCGACACCCAAGUACAAGGGUUUCUUCCACGGUGUCGGUAUGAUCGUGCGCCAGGAGGGUCUGUCCGGCGUGUACAAGGGUCUGACCGCCACCAUACUGAAGCAGGGCUCGAAUCAAGCAAUCCGGUUCUACGUGAUGGAAUCGCUGAAAGACGUUUACAAGGGUGACGAUCCGUCCAAACCGGUGCCGAAGAUGGUGGUCGGUGCGUUCGGUGCCGUGGCCGGAGCGGCCUCCGUAUUCGGCAACACACCGAUCGAUGUGGUUAAGACGCGCAUGCAAGGUCUCGAAGCGGCCAAGUACAAGAACACGGCGGACUGUGCGCUACAGAUCUGGAAGAAUGAGGGCCCGAUGGCAUUCUACAAGGGUACCGUGCCACGAUUGAGCCGGGUCUGUCUGGACGUGGCAAUUACGUUCAUGAUUUACGACUCGUUCAUGGAUCUGUUCAACAAGUUCUGGCGUUAAGAGUCCGAGAGUCCGCAAUGGUAGUUGGCAAACAACACGUCCGCUUCAAAUUAAUGUCCCCGCAAAAGCUUAUAAUACGACGUAAGUUCUGCCGAAGGUUGAAGCGAACGCUUGGAAUGUACCCUCGAUAAUAAGAAUUCUCUGGGAAAAGGAAAACACAACAAGGGCAGCAAACGACAUUCCGGAGUACAUUCAGGGAUUUUAAGGUUAUUAGUAGUAGGACAUGUAAGAGUCAUUGGAUUGGGGAACUUAAUGUGCUCCCAACUCGUUUCCUAUUAGGCACAGAUAGGGCAAUGUAUGUGUAUGUAGACGUUGACAAUGCACGAACUAGGUUUUUUUUUAUUUCUUGGUGAGGCACAAAACACAUACAUCUGAGGGCAACUACUAUACUGCACAAUUGUUAGGGGCUGUGUUAUAGGAGAGGUGAAAGAUGCACAUCGUUCACUGCUGUUAAACACGCGUUAGACGUCGGCCUCCAUUAUGCCCUCAAAGUAGUGCGCAACAAAAAAAAAACAAGUUGAAGAAAUAGUGCAACCGAACAAUCUCCUUUAAGGAGUACUAAAAUCACAUCAAAAAUCGAACACAUGCAGCGGCGUUGGCUGUAAAACAGUCAUUUCCGCGCACACAAGUCUUUCUUUCUCUCUUUGGCUUAAUUAAUCUUCUCCACCUGUGGGUGUGUGUUAACGUUCGAGAAGCAACGGAAAAGUACUUUAAAAUCUUUUACGCUUAAUGUUUUGUUUUGUUUUUUAAUCGCACGCAUUCCGUACCAACCCUAAACUACUAAAAAAGCCAACCCGAAAUGUGUGAAACAUUCCUUUGCGGGUGGCAUUAAAUUUGUGUUUGGACAAUUAAUCUAUUAUCGGUGUAAUAUCUCGUUGCCCGCUUUGUUGGCUUUUCUAAAGCGCGCUAGUAAACAAACGAAACGAAAAAAAAACGAAACAUUUCCUGACUCGUAUUUAUAUACACUUAUAUAUAUAUAUACAACUAUCUAUAUACAAUGUCGUAGCGUGUAACCUUAGGGUGUUUUUUUUGUUUUACUCCUGUAGAGGCAAGCGUGUUUAGAUGUGUAACAGAUUGCAGGAAAUAAAAUUAAGACCGAAACGAGUGGCAUAAAUCUACCACAAAAGAAACACACACAAAAAUGUUGAAUGAAAAUGCUUUUCGGAUAAUAUUACACUAUAAAAUGGUGCUGCCUUUUUGUUUAA